ACAGGAAAUGGUCUUUAUUUUUCACUUCAUAUAAAUUUGUGUGAAACACUUCUUAAAUAAGAUGCUUUUAUUACAAAAUGGUGACCUAAUAUCACAGGUCAAAGGUCAACAAAUAUGGAAGUAUGGGAGCGCAAAAUUUUUCCAUUUUGUGAAAGGAAAAUAAACUAGGUAGUUGUUUUAUCUGUAAUCCAUUUUAGUUUGUUGUCAAUGGGAGACAAGUAAGCAGAAAAACUGCAUACAAACUGUAACAGCAGUGCAUUGAAUAUAUUUCACUAGCGACGAUGAGUGAUACUGCUUCAAGUCAAGGCAGUACGGGCAGUAGCCCGCAACAGCAGCAGCAGCAGCAGCAACAACAACAGCAACAGAUGACACAGGCGAACACACCUGUUAGCUACCAGAGUUUACAGGCAAAUACUCCCAGUAGCUACCAAGGUUUGCAGGCCAACACUCCAGCCAGCUACCAGAGCUUACAGACAAUGCAAACAUUAGCUCAGAGUAACUGCAAUGUGGUGAACAGUCUGCCGCGGCCACUCAGCGUGCCAUCACUCUCACAGUCACCGUUCCCUCACACCCAGCUGCAAGUAAUUCACAGUCCUCCAGUAUUUCAACAGCUGUGCAGUCCACAAGGACAAUCUCUCAUGCUGCCCCCUGGUAGCCUUUCCCUCCAAGCGAUGAACCCACAGCUACAGUCAUUAAAUACAGCAAUGGCAGCUGCUAAUAAUUUGAAUCAGCAGCAACUGCAGGCAAUGAACUCAAACUGUGUGGCUCCACCUGCUGGGCAGGCACAGAACAUGAGCGUGCCUCUGCAGCCAAAGAGUCCCAAGUCUCCAGGCGUCGCUCACGUAGCCGGCACACCGACACCAACUGGACAGGCGAAGGGGUCGCCGACAGCACAGCCGAUGGUGCGGCCGGUACAGACGCCCGGCUCCUGCGUGAUGACCCCACAGAUCAUGUCCAAGCCGCUGAUGCAAAGCCCCAGUCAGCCACUCAUCCUCGGUCAACUAGGCAUGCUGCCCGGUCAAGCGAUGGCCACUGACCAGCACGGCAUCUUCAUGAGCCAGGGACUGCAGGCCAAACCCCCUAAGUCCCAAUCAUGUCUUCAUCUUCCAAGCCGCAGCCCAGACCCAGGUCGUACCAAGCCAGUUCAUGCAUGGAAAACACUAGCCCCGGUCAGAUGGUGAACAAGCAGGGGCAGAUCUGUAUCGCGAGUUCGCGCAGCAGCCGACGAUACUGACCACUCAGCCGAUGUUGACCACCCAGGCACAGCUGAUCAGCCA